AUGAGGAGAAGGGAGACAGGGGAACGAGGGGGGCGAGAGAGGGAAAAGAAAGGGGGAGAGGAGAGGAGGGGAAAGAAUGAAAAGAGUGACAGGAGGAGGAGAGGACAGAGUGAGUGGGAGAGGAGAGGAGGGGAGAGAGUGAGUGGGAGAGGAGGGGAGAGAGAACGAGUGAGACAGAAUCGGUGGGAAGGGAGGGAGGGAAGAAGGGAGGGGGAGAAGGAGGGAGCGAGCGGUGUAAAUGGUGGGCGAGGGAGAGAGUGGGAGAUGAUUCACGCUGUUUCCGAGCCCCCUUCCGCCCCUGCCCGCCCUAGAGCCGCGCCUGACGCUGCGGCUCAGCUGCCCGCCGCUGCCGGGCGCCCGUGCCCUCCCUCGCAGCCGCGCUCGUGUGCACGGGGGUGGAGGGGGAUCCUGCCGGGAUCCUGCCGGGCUGCCCCGGCCCCGGCACCGCGGGCGGCUGGCUGGGGGCUGCGGCCGCCGCCCUCCGCCGCACCGCAGAAACCCGAAAGGCAGGAGAGCCAGUUCCGGACUGACACGCCUGACCGGAGGUUUUUCAAGCAGUUGUGGGAUCUUGAUUUCUUUCCUGUCUGUAUCAGUCCUAUCCUACCAUGUAAUGUAUUCUGCAACUUCAGCAAGGGUUUGUUCAGAGAUGACAUGGAGUACAAAUUCCAUUUGCCAGCUUUAUUUCUAAAAUCAUUCUCAGCUGGUGGAGAUAUGGAUGGUAGCAUUCAAAUUAAUCUCUCCCACAGACAUGAAACCUAUGCUUAGAAUUGAGAGGGAUUAGGAAUUUGGAGAAAUUAAGCAUAUAUAUUAACAAACAGAAAUCUGCAUAAUUAAUCAGGUGAAGUUUUAGUAAGCAUUGCUUAAUCUGAUAAAGUCUACUUUGUGGAACAAGGCUCAAUCUCCUGUUUCUUUUAGAGGUGAUGGAUGGUUCUCAUCUGACUAACAGAGUGAAGAGUUCAUUUUUCCCCUUAUGGGAAAUAUGACAGAGUCCAAUAAUCAUUAGAUGAAAAACGACACCUCUUAAACAUCCUGGCUAGGUAAAAGAAAACAGAUUCUGUCUUUGUCCAAAAGGACAGUCAGCUUUUCAUUCCUGGAUGGUUGUUGUGGCUCUGGUAAACUUUGGCUUCACUAAAUUUACUGUUAGUGAUCAACUCAGAAGAUUCUUUUAAGUCUUUAACAUUCUUCCUCUGUAUAUGAAACUUUUUUCCUCCAAUAAUCUACGAGUUAAACUGUUAUAAUUGUUAAGUUAUCAAAUUGUUGCGUAUUUAAAUACUGCAGAAUUUGUUCAUCGCUAAUUUUUUUUUUUUUAAUUUCAGCCUGAAAAAAGAUCAAGCCCAGUGUUUGGGAAAAAAAGUUGAACACAUAGUAGACAGAAAAUGACCUGAUUGUCUGCUCUUCCACAUUUAGAUUGCUUUUAUUGUCUGUAUUAUAUGAUAUGCAUUGCUGAACUAAAAGCCAGGUGUUUAUAGUCAUACUCUUCACUGGAAAGAGCAUGGACAACUGCUAAACCUUUUCAUAUUGUAGAUCAUGGCUGUGUAGUAGCUUUCUUUUUCUGGGAAACUAAGGAUGAUAAAUUGAAAUCAGCAAAAAUUGUCAUAUUGACUAUUUGUCAUAAUGUGAAUAUGUUGUCUAAAAUUCUUUAUCUGGUGUGGAAGGAGGAAGUGUUUGUAGGAAAUCAAUGUUCCUUUCUUCUCCAUCAGCAGAUAGGUCACCUGUCUCCUAUUCUGAUAAAAUUCAUCAAAAUUCACAAUUUUUUUUUCUUCUUCUUUUCUUCAGGAUUAAGGAAUUGAAUUGAUCUGAGUUCUUCAUUGCUGAAUCAGUCAGAUUUAUAAGGUGUUACCUGGGGACUUACCCAGAUCUCAGUGUAGAAAACAAGAUAGCCUCAGGACAAGGUAAUUUUUCAUCUCUCCCAAGGAAUUGACAUUGUGGAUCCAGAUAUCUGAAACUCCAGUGACUGAACAUUUAUCCCCAAAAGUCAUCCCCAUAGUGAUCUUUUUGUACAGUAAUUUAAAGACCUUUCAUUUCUCAGAAUGAAAAAAAAAUAAGGACUAGAUUUCAAUUGCCUUCCAAAAAUAGUAGUAUCUUCUAUUUUCUUUAGGGUUUGUUUGUUUGGUUGUGUGUUUGUUCGUUUGUUUGUUUUGUUUUAUGUUGGUUUGAAUAGAAAAAUAGAUAUUCAGGGAUUAAAAUUGAUAUAAACUAUGAGUAAUGAAACAAUGUAAUAUCAUAUGUGAGAAACAGCAGGAUCUCCUUGUGUAGCUUCGUCAGUUUACAGUGUUACUGCUUGUGUACUUUUUGUUACUAUCUUACACUGCUGGAGAGUCUGGUCUACAAAAUGAAUUCAGCCACCUAUCCCUCUAGAUGCUUCAGUGUGCAUUUCUUUAACAAUAUGGUGAACAGUGUAUUUUUCAAGGAAUCAGCAUACCUAUUUCCACUCUGUUAUUAGAGAUGUUCUAACAAUAUUACUAUUUUAUGUGCCAUUUUGCCCACCCACCACCAACUGUCUUAUUUGUUUGAAAUUUUGUCACUUUGCAAUAAGUAAAGUAAGGAAAAAGAUACAUUAGCAUAAAAUUAGUUUCUUUGGUUCUGUUGUCAAGCUUGAUCCCCUUUCUGGAAUAAUGUUGUCUUAAAAUACAGGACCCUAAUCAGGAUUGGUUUAGAAAUUUUUCUAUGGUUCAACUCAUAUACAAAAGGUAUGUUAGUGGAGAAGAUCAGGAAUCUUCCUGGAAAAGGAAUGGAAAGGAGAAAAGUAAACAUGUUGCCCAGUAUACAAAGGAAAAAAAGGAGACAGUAAUGACAAAGGCACUGAUUUUUUCACUUGUAAACAAAAUUUGUACUAAAUUAUGUAGCAAAAUUUUACUUUCUCUGAUCAUUUUGCUCACUAAUAAAAUGUAUACUACUUGAGAUUAUCAAAGACAACUAUAUCCUGGUAAAGUUGUAUUACUAAACUCUCCUACUGUUAACCACCAAGAAUCUCCAUUUUGUCCUGUAUAAUUUAUGAUCAAUUUUCCAAAUAAUAAGCUAUUCCAGCAGAAGUAAGUUUUGCAAAUAUAAGACUAUUAUAAUGGUAGAAAUUUUGCUAAUGGAAAGGCAAGAAAAGUAGUGCCUUUAAUAUUAUUGAAAUGGAGACCUAGAUGUCUUUAAAAACACUUUUUAAAUGCUUACUAUAAAAACAUUCAUCUGCCAGUAUAUUACAAAUUAAAUCUUCAGCACAGCAAGAUUUUAGGAAACAGUUAUUACCUUUCAGAACACACUGGGAACUUCAAGAGAUUCCUCCCUGAAGUUUAGCAAAUACCUUAGAAUUUAUUCUUAGAGAAAUUAUUUCACUUCACCAACAAAAUUUAAUGAUUCUAUUUUUUUUUUUCUACCCACUUGAAAUUGAUUUCUACAAAAUCCCCCUGAACUGGAAAGUCUUCUGGUGGGGGAAGGUAAGCAGCUAAAGCUGGCUGCCAGGAUAAAUUGGCCAGAAUGAUUUGGCACAUAUCCUCAGUUUGCCAUGAAAACAUGUAUCUGUGUGUCAGCUGCACACAAAGGCUAUCUGGCCCCAGAAAAAGCACAGGGAUUAGGCAUAAUGCUGCCUAUUUGAGACAAAGGGUGUUCCUCAGUGCACUGAGGUUAAAACAGACAGCUCAUCAGUAGUACAAGUCUAUCUGAAUUAUUUAGGUACCAUUUUGAGCCAGAAGGAGAUGGUGGCAGAUUAUUAAUGACUUUUGGGGUCUAUUCAUCUCUUUAUUUUGUUUCAGUGAAAGCAGUACUGGAAACAUGAAAAGGUGCCAAAAUUUGAGAUCAGUUUUACUUUAAUCACUUACAAGAUAUAAAAUCACUUUCUUAUUUCAAUACUGAUUGAAAAAUAGAACUGAUUUUGAUUUAUAUUUCACUUAGACUUAUGAGGUUGCUAUUUAUGUUUGUAAGUGGGUGCAUGACCAAAGUGAAUGGAACAACUAAUAUGCUCUAGAAGUCCAUGGAUCUACUGGAUGAAAACAGUUUUAUUGAUUUCAAGGGGGUUUAAGUCAUUCAAUACAAAAUACUUCAGGGAAAAAAUAGUGAAGAGAGUAAAAAAACUGUAUAAAAGAUAUUAACAUAGACUGCCAUGCAUUCUUGCAAUAGGAGAGAUUCUUGUCAUAUUCCAGUGAUGGGCAAUUUGAAUUAAUUUUGCCCAGAAAUAUUUAUGGAUAUGUAAUAAGAACAUAUAAAAAAGUAUUUAGGAACACAUAUUUUUUCAUUUCUAAUUAAUUAAUUAUAUAUAUAUAUAUAUAUAUAUAUAUAUAAAUAACAGCUGGUAUAUAAUUUAAAAUUUGGCAGUUGCAAAAAUGAAGACUAAGGACACAAUUCCCAAUAAUUUAAAAUCACAAGUGAAGCUGAAAAUCUUUACUUAGCCAUGUGUUAUGUUGAUAAUAAACAGAUCUAAAUAAGGUAUUAUAGAAAGUUACAUGCUAUAUUUAUAAAAAAGCCUGAUUAUUUUUCCUGUACAGUUUUUUCAGAAUAUUUUUGUUGUAAUAUUUUAGCCAAGUAGGAGGACCCCUGUUUCAAAAUUUCUAAAUAUUUGUAUUUUUCUUUUCAUUCUUAUUUUCAUUUAAAGUUUCAGGUCGUUUCCUCUAGAACAGAAAAAAAAUCAUAUCUUAAAACAGUAAAAAUAAAAUUGCUGCAGAACUGAGUCAUUGCAAGUGAGAUGGAAAAUUAAAAAAAGUACAAAUUCAAAAAAAAAUAGCCUAGAAAAGGAUCAUAGUGCAUUAGCAACAAUGCUUGCAGAUUCAUCAUGGCUCACAACAAAGGUAUUUAUGAGUGGACCUCCUGCCUCUGUUGCAUGCUGUCAUUGCUUUGGGUUGACUGCUGUUAGAUCCCUGUAAUCCUGAGCCCUGGGAUCUUGUCCUACAUGUUUACCCCACUUGGUAUGCAUGUCAGUACGUAUUUAAAAUGGAAAUGAACUCUAAUCUUUGUAUGUGUUAAUAGAAAAGGGUUCUAAUCUCCUAAACCCCAUAUUUACCAUGGUUUUGUUUUGUUGUUUGGAUUUUUUGAAAAUAAAGUUUAUAAAAAGCUGUGUUCAGAA